UUUAACCGUCAUGAUAUGCGUAUUUGUUGCGUGAGGAACCUUAUCAACGACUAUCUUUUGUCCGCCCAAGCUUACAAGGAGCUGUUGGAAAAAGAGAGGUCAUUGCUUAUUGCCUCUAUCCACAAUGAGACCUCAGUGGCACUGGGCAUCAUCAUGCGCACUCCGGGAAUUGUGGUUGACGAGAUCAUACAGCUGCCGGGUGGAAGGACUGCGGCCCACUUCGCCAGCUGGCAUGGCAAUAUGGGGCUCUGUCAGUAA